AGGUUUCCUUAGAGCGCUUUAUACUAUAGAGCCUCCAUAGUUUAAGUAUCAAAUUAAAACGAAAGUAGGAAUUUCCCAGCCAGAAUAAAAUGGCGUCUUGUGAUCUCGAUGAUAUGGAAGUCGAAUUUCAUGGACUGCAAGCGGAACCAACAGAAUGUGAAAGUCAAGAUACUAAAAUUUCGCCUUAUCAAGUCAUAAAUCAAGAUGGUGGUUAUGUCUUUAAGACAACCCUUGAAAUGCAGCUUUGUAGUUUCAUUUGUACUGGUUCAUCUAGCAGGAAUUAUAGGACAAGGAGUAGAGAGAUACGAUUAGAGGACGUAGCUUUCGUUUCUCAAUUAAUAAAAAAUGGACUGGGGGAGAGGGUUGUUGAACUUCUUCUUCAUUUCCGGCCACGCGCAUUCAGACAAGACCCAUUACUUUUUGUAUUGGCGAUGUGCUGUAGAUCCAGUGACACGGCUACAAAAAGAGCUGGAUAUAUUGCACUUCCGUCAAUUUGUCGAAUACCAACACAUCUUUUUAAAUUUCUUGAUUUUUGUCAAAAAAUAAAUCAGGGGAAUUUUCAAUCUAAAGGUUGGGGUAGAGCACAUCGGAAAGCAAUCUGUGAUUGGUAUCAUAGUUAUGGAACUUCAGAAACCAAGUUAAAACUUUUGGCACUUCACAUAACAAAAUACCCCAAAAGACAUGGAUGGCGACACAAAGCCGUUAUGCGCCUGGCCCAUCUCAAAGUCAAAGAUGAUGAAGAUCCAGCCUUGAAGUAUCUGGUCAUUCUUGCAAUGAAAGGGAAAGAAUAUGCAGAUUCUACCCCAUUUAUGGAGAAUCAAAAAAAUCGAGAUUCUUAUCAGACGUCAAUUCUGAAAAAUAUAAGCAACCUUCUAUCUUCGAUAGAAAUGGCCAAACGUACAAAGGAUGUCGCUCAAGUUAAGAAGCUUAUCUUGAAGCACAGAUUAGUGAGGGAACAUAUUCCAACCUGCUUUUUAAACGACAGAGAAGUUUGGUUAGCACUUGCAAGACACAUGCCAAUUCUUGCAUUGAUUCGAAAUUUAGGGAAAAUGUCUAAGCUUAAAAUUUUUGAAAGAGGCACAUCAGAGGAGAAGCCAUCCUUUGAAGAAUACUUGGCACUUGAGAAACUGAAGAACGAGGAAAUAAUCACUAAAGAAAAGGUACAUCCUUUUACCUACAUGCUAGCAAUCAACCAGUAUAAAAAAGGUGAAAACAGAUCAAAAUCGUUACAAUGGCCAGUUUAUCCACAGAUUUGCUCUGCACUUAAAGAGGGAUUGUAUUUAUCUUUUAGAAAUAUCAAGCCUACAAAUAAACGUUUUUUGGUGGCAUUGGACAUUAGUAGAUCGAUAGAAGAAAGUGUUACCGUCGCGGGAUCACCAUCUUUACAAGCACUAGAUGUUGCUGCAUUUAUGCUGUCACUUACAAUUAGAACAGAAGAAAAUUACCAUGCAAUAGUUUUCUCGAACAACAGAGCAACAGCUUUGCCCAUCAGGCCCGAUGAUGAUAUCGAUGGGAUAGCUAAUAAAAUAAAAGAAAUGAGAAGUCCAACGGGUGAAUUUGUUGCUGAUGCUGCUUUGCCAUUCAAGUACGCAAUUGAAAAUAAAAAAAAGUGCGAUGUUUUCAUCAUUUACACAGAUUCUUUUGCUACUUUCGGAACCCCACAUCCGGGACAAGCAUUUAAAUUCUAUCGACAAUCUUCAAACAGUCCUGAUGCAAAACUGAUUGUCUGUAAUUUGGCCUGUUCUGAUGUCUCUAUCGGAGACAUUGAAGAUCAACACACUUUAACAGUGUGUGGAUUUGAUUCUUAUGUUCCACAUAUCAUAUCUAAUUUUCUUAACAACGUAUUUUAAUUUCUCAGAGUGCUUUUAAGAAGUAAAUAAGUUUAAUGGUGAAUGUUUUUGUAAAUUUAGACAUAUUUUAAAUAUCUAAAGAGUGUAGUUACAAGUGUUCUUUACAUAUUCUUUAACUUUAACUGUGAAAGUCAUAUCUCAUGCCUUAAAUAUUGCUAAUUUUACAAUUACCUGAGUGCAUUAAUAAAUCAGAAGCUUAAAUACUAGGAAAAGCGUCAUAUAUAAUAAGUCCUAGUGAAACUGUUUUUCAAGACUUCUUAAGACUCUCUUUACUGUGUAAUGUAUAUGAAGGUGCUUCUUAUUUUUUAACGAUAUUGACAUAAAAUUUGUAUAUAUUCUAGAAACUUUCAAUAAAUCAGGAUCGAGAUUCCGUAAUUCUCGACAAAAUCGAAAACACAGAGUCGUUAAAGUGACGAGCAUAUGGUUUAAUGUUAAUGCAAACAAUUUUAUGGCUGAAAAUUGUAUUUAAUACACGUCUUUUAUAAGAAUUUUAUUGCUUUGUCUAGGCCACGAUAUGCUAUUCGUCCUAAAGGAUUAUUUGUAGUUUGAAUUUUUUUCCAAAUAAAUUGAUAAAAAUUUCUUUGAACAAUGUGCAGAUUUUCAGCAGAUUAAAUUUUCUGUUCAUAGACGUUGUAUAUGGAGCUCGCUAUCAAUAAAAGAUUUCAUCAUUUGUCUUCACUUUUUCAUGUAUUAAUGUUACUUUGAAACACAUCGUUAUAUAUAAUGAUAGGUGUUGCAAGAUGCUUUAGGCUGGAAAUGUAUGAAUAUAUAAGUACAUAUAAUUUCAAGCACAGUGAGAUUUGUAAUUCAUUACUAUUUUAAAAUCUUAAGUUAACUCUUUUUGGGCAUUUUUUAUUAAUUAGCAUUUUUUUCUCAAGAAACAUGUGUUUAAUAACUAUUAUCAAAAUUAUUAUUCAAUUAUUGUUUUCGGUGAAAUGUCGGAUUUCAAAAUCUGUGUUAUUCCUUUCAUUAAGGAAAACAUGGCUGAAAUAUGGCCGACUCGGCGUUAAGCAGUAAUAAUCAAUCAAUCAAUGAGGAAAAUGCAUUUAUCUUUUUAAAUAUUGACCGAUUAUUACUUUAAACCAACUAUUAUUCGCGACAUCUUUUAUUCGCAAUUCGUCCGUUUAAAACCAAUCCGCGACGAUUAAUUUCCGCGCGCAGGGAAACAUUUUCUACAAAUCCUUAGCAAAAUUAAUGGUUCGCGGCAAUUAAUAUUCGCGAGACAAAGGAGGUCGCGGAUAUUUCUCGCACGCGAAUAAAAGUUGGUUUACAGUAAAAGAAAACACUGUCUACCAGUUACAGUUACAAAAAGUACCCGGGGAAAUUAUUGUUGAAAGUAUCACAAAAUGAAUGUAAUUUAUUACCUGAGUUUGUAUACUUUUACAAUUGUUAGUAAAAAGAGAUACACGUUUAAACUGCAUGCAUUGCCUUUUACAUUAAAUGACUAGCAUUAUCUAUUGUAAAGGAUUGGCAUUUUUGGUAGAUUGGCCCCUCUUGUUAUUUGGGAGUCAUGUUGUUACAUAUCACUUAUAAUAUCUGUAAACAGUGACACUCAUGCCGAUAUUCACGAUGUAAAUAACUCAGCUUUGUAUAAAUAAAGAGGAAAUUUUUACAGCAUUUAUUUGAUAUUGUCUCUCGUUGAUC